UUCACGCCCCGCUCCAUCUUUAAACCAGCUUCCUUCUCAGUGUUCAAUAUGCACUCCACAAUCCGUUGUGUUUGUGACGCGCUGCUCAGCGUAGGGAUACAAACCAAACAAGAAAAAUUCGGUACCCUCUAUGUACAGAACGCAUGCUGAGCUUCAGGGAUACGGGCAUCUAAAGCAUGGAACAACCCCUGCUCUCGAGGGGCUUUCCUUCUAGUGGAAAUACCCAGCAUCUUCCGCUUCAACAUAAAGUGAAUAAAGACAGAUAUACAUAUGCAAAUGUAUAUGCAAAGUGGUUAAAGGCAAAGUGACUUAUAUGGGAGGACGUGAGUAUUUGGAGGGGACAAGGAAAACUUUCAUGCAGAAGACGGGGCUUGUCUGAGAGCGACCGUUAAGCACGAGUGAGGAAGGAAUAGGUUCUGGGCAUUUGCGAUUGCCAGCCAGUCAGUUUCUUGUAUGCAGCACCCAGCAUGCUCUGGGCAUUCAAAGGGAGGCAAAAGACAAUCCCUCCCUUGGGGAGAUCAGUCUAUUGCGGGAGAUAAGUAAACAACUUUUGCCAGUGAUGAGACACCGAGAGGAGGGCAAUUUGAUUGGACCAGGAAGGUUAAGAAUGACCAAGGAGACUGGAAAGAUAGGUGUCAAUUAAAAUGAAUGCAGUUCAGAUACUUUUGGCUUCCCGUCUAAUGAAAAGAAGGAUACUGAUAAGGUUUCAAAGUAAUGAUCGGCCAACUGUGCCUCUUGGAUCACGGAUUUUAACAGAUCCAGCCAAAGUUUAUGAACACAACAUGUGGGACCACAUAGAAUGGACAGAAGAAGAAGAAGCGAUAGCUAGAGAAAAAACAACUGAAAACUCAUCUGUGAAAGUGCAGCUGGAAGACCAAGUCAAAUAUGAAAGUCAAGCCAGUAAAUAUUGGAAUAAUUUUUACAAGACUCAUAAGAAUAAAUUUUUCAAGGAUCGUAAUUGGCUAUUGAGGGAAUUUCCUGAAAUUCUUCCUUUUGGACUACAAACUAAAGAAGAAAAGGGAAAAUUGUCUUGGGAUCAUGUAAAAACUAAUGCUACAGACUCUUUCUCAAAAAUACACUGCCCAGCCCUGCCUAAAGGAGUGGAAUCUUGUAAAAAUGAUUCUGUUGGUGAUUGUGCCUACAGCCAGAGUGAAAUAAGUUCUGGUGACAACCAACACACUAAAAAGAAGAGAAGAGAGGCUGCAAAGACCCAGUUGUUUCCUGGUAGCCAUGCUACUUUCAGGAUUCUAGAGGUUGGCUGUGGUGCUGGAAAUAGUGUUUUCCCCAUUCUGAAUGCUCUGAAGAAUGCUCCAGAGACCUUUCUUUACUGCUGUGAUUUUGCUUCUGGAGCAGUGGAGCUAGUAAAGUCCCACUCAGCCUAUAGCCCAGCCCAGUGUUCUGCCUUUGUUCAUGAUGUGUGUGAUGAUGGCUUAUCCUACCCCUUUCCUGAUGGGAUCCUGGAUGUCAUUCUCCUAGUCUUUGUGCUCUCUUCUAUUCAUCCUGACAGGAUGCAGGGCGUUGUAAACAGACUGUCCAAGUUACUGAGACCUGGAGGAAUGUUGCUAUUUCGAGACCAUGGAAGAUAUGAUCUCACUCAACUUCGUUUCAAAAAAGGAUGCUGUUUGUCUGAAAACUUUUAUGUUCGAGGAGAUGGUACUAGGGCAUAUUUCUUUACGAAAGGGGAAGUCCACGAUAUGUUCCAUCAAGCUGGGUUAGAUGAAAAGCAGAACCUGAUUGACCGGCGUUUACAAGUUAAUAGGAAAGAAAAAGUGAGAAUGCAUCGAGUUUGGAUACAGGGCAAAUUUCAGAAACCAUUGCAUUCAUUCCAUAAUGACUCUGAUGAUCUCAUUCCUGGAGUUUCUGCUGGUUGAAGAGUGUACUUUUUUUCUGUGUAAAUCAAGAUCACCCCAUGCAAAGGUCUCUUCAAAAAUUCUUCUUGAAAGAAGAAUUAGAAGCUAGAACUGAAUUAUCAUAUUUGGUUCUCUUAUCAUGGGUGAGACCUUCCAUUAAGCUUAUACAUAUGUACACAUAUUAAGUGAUAUGGAAGGAUUUACUCAUUACAUUUGACAAUUUUUAAAAAUCAGUAAAUGUGAAUUGCUCAGA